UAAUAUUACAAGUAAUAUCCCCAAUCCGAGUAAUAUUCCUAAUCCAAGUAAUAAUCCAAGUAAUAAUAUUCACAAUCCAAGUAAUAUUCGUAAUCUAAGCAAUAUUCAUAAUCCAAACAAUAUUCACAAUGUCAAAUCUUAUAUUCAACCAAAGCAAUUUAAUAAUGGUGUUGCGGCAAGAAAACUCAAUAAUGGUGUUGCCGCAAGAAAACGUAAUGUACUCACAGAACGUGUUAACGUUCCAGUUGCAUCACAAUCAAUUACACAAUCAAUUGCACGACCAAAU